ACAACAAACUUUUGACAGCUCCAGGAUGAAGCCGUAAUACAUGUAAUAAAAUCCCUAUUUUGAGCGUUUCAAAGCCUCAAUGGCAAAACAAAGUGAUAGGAUUAGAUUAUCUCGGUCGUCUCGUGUUGUGGAGGAUGAAUUCGUGGACGAAGAAGAUGAGGUUCCGUUGGAAAAUCUCAUUUCUUCAAUGCGACUACACUUGCUCUCUCCUUCGCCUCAAGAUGACCAGGCCCAGCGAACCGAUGACCCGUCUGACAGGAGUGUCAAAGAUUGCACCCCUGUUCCCCAAAUUGACUUUGAUGCCUACCUUGCCAAUGGCACGAGAAGCAGGAGUCUGGGGGAGGCUCCGGAUGAUGUUUCUGUGAUGACUGACAGAAGAGUUCCCUUCGGUGAUCUCAGGAAUUCGUGCCCACGUUUAACAUCGCCAUUCUACGCAAACCUGCACCAGAAAUACCCACACAUAUUCAAGAAAAAUGUUGGUGGUGAACUUGACAAUGUCUAUCAAAAUGGAGACGCUUUUCUGAAGGCUAAACAAGGUCAAGGUCUCAAAGAAAUGAUCCAAGGUCAAACUGCAUGUCAAACUCAAGGUCAAGCUAUAAAGCAGGUCAUCCUCGGCCAAGGUCAAAACCAAGGACUUCAAAGUUCAUCUCAGGAAAUGGAGAACAACCAUGUUGAUCGCUCUUGUAGGAGCCAGGACCUCACAAACCGGCCCGCCAGCCCCUAUAGGCGCACACAGGAACUACAAGCUCAGUUGACGCAAAUUUUGUACAAAAAAGACAAAUCUGUUUCACGGACUUCAGAGUCUACUUCUCUCAGGGAACGAAUGAGAAUGAAUCGUGACGCCGUUAGGCAGAGUCAGGAACCCACGGCGCUGCGAAGGAAAUCUAGUGAUCCCAGCACAUUACGUUCAAAUUCCUGUGGUGCGCCCUCUAUCAGACAACGUUUGGAACACAACAAGGAAACAAUGAAGAAAUUAACACAGAAUUCGCCCUUUGUGAAAUCGCGAUCAAAUUCUGUAGAGAUUGGAACCUGGGGCAUUUAUGAUGAUUCUGAACUAAUGGGAAUGAGGUUGAAAUCUCAAGGACAUCGCAAGUCUUUACCUGACAGUAUGAAUCAGUAUGUUUACAAACAAUUCCCAUCCAAUCAAAAUCAAACAAAUAUUCCGAAACUGAGGUCGCAUGGGUCAAGGUCAGGGGUGUUUAAUGCUGGUCAGACAAUACCGAUCCGCCAGUCGGAUCAGCUCGGACUUUAUCCUGACGACAGCGAUAGUGCCAUGGACUCUGACUCGGUUCACUCAUUAGAUGGAGCCACUGGUACUGAGGAUGAGGUCUUGUUACAGAUGUUAUGCAAUGAUUUGGUGAAAGGCACGAAUGGAGCAGGACAAAGAGACUCUGACGUUGAUUCAGGCUUCACGAAUGGUGCAACUGACAACCUCGAGUCAACCUCGUCCAACGACAGCGAUAUCCUCAACAGAGCCAUGUACCAACCACCGCGUCCGUCUUCCGUCCCUGUAGGUAGCCAGUACCUCCGUCCGUCCAGCCGCCAACCGUUCAAGAUGCUCAAGACGGGACCGAUGAAGGCAGACCAUAAUAUUCAACCAAUCACAGUCGCAGGAUGCAUGAGCAACAGGGCAGACGACCUCGACACAGAAGUAGCAUACUUCAACGCUCAUGAUCAGGCGGGUUUCCAUGAAAAAGAAAACUUGUAUAAACCGUGCGUGAAGACGUCAUCAAACAGGAAACGUAACUCUCCGACUCCAAACUUGCGUGUGAGGUUCCAAGAUGAAUGUCAUCAGUCUGGUGAGAGAGCUGCUGGGAAGAAACCUCGCAGUGAUGGUCGGGUGGAGGAUACGAGUCCAGUGGAGGAACGCAAGUCAUGCAAGAGUCCAGAGGAGUUGGAGUAUCGUGACGAUUUCAGAAAUGGACACGAGACACACCGUGCAUCUGUUGUCAUGGUGCUUGAAAACAUUGGUUGUCGUGACAAUAUGGGACAAGUGAAUUCCCAAGAAGAUGAUUGCAGCAAGAGUGACGUUGAACCGAUGUUAGUGUCUUCAAGUAGUGAUUUCGUUCACUCUGGUUUGAAUGUGACAGUUGUUGGUGAGCGCCACCUUCAGGGGAGUGAUGGAGACUGUGAGAGCGAGACAGACAGUUCAGAAUCAGUGGAUGACAAUUCAAGGACAGCAUCACGGAGCAGUGAGAAGGUGCAGGAUUGUGAACAGGGAAAAACUCAGGAACAUUCUAGUGACAUUAAGUCGGAUAAUCAUAAACCAGAAACCAGUAUUACAAAGUCGGACAGUCUGAAAAACUCAAAUUCUCUAUCGAAAUCGGAAAAAAAGUGUGCUAAUCCCGAUGGUGCUGAUUCUCUUCCCAUGACGCGUGGCUGUCCCUCCGUGUCAUCCCAAGGUGCUCUAAGGUCAAGGUCAUGUGGACCUGUUAUUCCAAAACAUCAUAGCGAUGGCAACCUUAAGAUGCAGAAGUGGAUGAAGCCAACGUCACACAGUGAAGGCCACCUGAGACAACCAGUCGAUUCAGAGAAGGAGAGCGAUCGCCUUCAUCAUGAUGAUGUCGAUACAAGCAACCUGGAUGAUGUUGAUUAUCUCUCACCGGAUCGUCGCACAUCCUGUUUUGGUUCCAACCUCCAAGCUUCCAAAAACCUGAGCGGGUCUCGUACUUCCCUCUCAGAGAAGAUGGACAACUUCAAGGCAAAGGCCAAAACCCGCUUCAACACGUUACGGCGGGCCGUCAGUCUUGAAAGCUUGGACCGGAAGAGUCAUAGCGGCAGCGUGGAUUUCAGUGGCCCUGCCAAGGAGACCUCUGGGCUGAAGAAAGCACCGUCACUGUCGUCUCUGUUCAAGUUUGGCUCGGCGAAGAAGAAGAAGACGAAGCCAAAGUCAAGGCCAAGCACUCCUGUCAUCGCAUCAGGUUCACCCAAACCAACCAACCUGACGAGAGGGAACACGCCUGUCCGCCCCACCAGAUAUGCCACCCCUGAUCCAAUCUCACCACCAACAUCAUCAUGUCUUCCCAUCUCUGGCUCCAAACUCGGUCGUGCGUUGAAGAUGCGUAGCCAUUCUCUCACCGAUGUCUCCAGCCUGCGUGUCGAGGACUUGAGACACUUUAGACCAAUCGGAAAGCUUGUCUCUUUGAACAUGGACGGAUCACAGACCAUACUCCUCAACAAACCAGCGCAUGGGCCGUUCGGAUUCUACAUUGCAAGAGGCACGUCCAAGUACAAGCACGGUAUUUUUAUUUCUCGCCUGACGGACGCCUACCCUGAACGAUUCUUCGCCGGUCUUGUUGGAAUUGGUGACGAAAUUCUCGAGAUCAACAGCAUCAAGACGCGGAAUAUGUCACUGGAUGAUGUUUAUGAUGUCAUGGCGUCGCGUGAGACGCUCCUCCUUAAGAUUAUACCGCUCAUGAGUAGACAGGACAUUUGAAAUGUAUUCAGUGGCGAUUAACAAAUGGGUUUGGUGUGUACCAUUUGCUCAGGAAACUUGCUAUUGUGAUGAACCAUGGGCAAGAUAGAGCUGAGUUCACUGAUAUCAUGGAGUGUCAAAUCCAGAGUUGAACAUUUCCUUUUCUGAUCGCUUUGUUUGUUAUGUUGAGGCCAUCAGUGUUGGCUCCUGUUGGGCCAUUCAACCUCUUAUACGAACGUGCAGUGUCUUCUGUUUGGAUGAUCCCCUGAAGCCAACCCCACCCUCAGAUGAGAACAAGAUGUCAGAUAGUGGACAUUAAAAGCUCAUCUUAGUGAUGGUUGUUGGUAGAAAGAGACUGCCUCUCUUUUUUUGUGAACUGUUUACAAAUGUAAAUAGUCUGAUGAACAUUUCUAAGUAUAUUUAUUCGUUUUGGUGAGCCCUGUCACUUUCUUUGAAAAGUUUAGUUGUGGUGCCAUCUUGUGACUGAAGAGUUAUUGCAUUCAUUCUUCAAUGACUUUCUGUCAACAUUUCCAUGUAACUCUUCAUUGUUUUAAAGUGAAGUCAGCAAGUGCGCAUAUUCCCUGUUUACAUUUCCAUGUAACUCUUCAUUGUUUUAAAGUGAAGUCAGCAAGUGCGCAUAUUCCCUGUUUACAUUUCCAUGUAACUCUUCAUUGUUUUAAAGUGAAGUCAGCAAGUGCGCAUAUUCCCUGUUUUCACCAAAUAUUGGUUUGUACAGAAUGAA